UUUUUCGUUCCAAUAAAACGAAAAAAACUCAAAAAACGUUUUUUUAGAACGAUACCAAACGGAGCCUUAGACUGAUAGACUAGGAUGGGUAACCAAAACUCGGUUGCAGGAUUUGCAUGGUGGGUGGUGGUGAAUGUGGAUCGCUGCAUUCCAUGAAAUAAAAAAAUAAAUAAAAAAUAAAAAGGAAAAGGAAAAGGAAAAAUGAAGAUUGAAUGAUUAGAAUAAUAAAAUAAGAAAUAUUAAAAAAUAAGGUGACGGUUAUUGUGGGUCCACGAAGAAGAAGAAAUAUUAAAAAAAAAAAAAGAAGGUUGAAUGAUAAGAAUAAUUAAAAAAUUGAGGUGAUAUAAAUUUUUUUAUUCAACUUUUGGAAAAAUUAGAAAACAUCAAUUAAGAUCUAACUUAAAAACUUAGCCAUUAGGUAGAGAUAGACCUAUGUUACCACACAUUCAAAUCCUAAUUAAUCGAAGUAGAACUAUAACUCUAUAACACCCAAUAUUUUAACAUACCAUACUCUUUUUCUCACGAAAAUGAGAGGUUACUAAGCCUUUCAUGAUGGACAUGGUUUCUCAUUUGAUGGUGGAUUUCCUUGAAACCAAUUGCAGUAUUGCAACUCUGCAAGGUUGGCUGAGAAUAUAGCAUGCAAAACUCCGUCAACCUCCUCUAUAAGUACACCACCAUUCAACUACAAAUGCUAAGACAGGUAAAGUCUGUCCACUAUGUCUCAUACACAUCACAGUAUGCAUAUGGUGGUUGGCUGUAGGAGGGUGUCAAUUGGUCAAUUCAGAUCGAGCCUAUUUAGUCCCACCACUUUAAGACCCCACAACUGUGACUGCACUACUGUUUUAACUAAUUGAAUGGUCCUUAUAGGCCGAACAUUGACCAACUUAUAAUCUUCGGAUGAGGGUGUUGGGGAGGCAGGAAAGGGGGCACACUCAGUGCAGGGUUGAAAAUGUUAAGAAAAAAAAAAAGAAGAGAAAGGGAGUUGAUGAUGAACCGGUGGUUAAUAGUUGAAAAAGGGAUAAUUUGGGUUGAUAUGGGAGCUUGCCUUAUUCAUGCAGUUUCAUAAGUAAAGCUUUAGCCUUGAUUAAAGAUCUAACCAGGGAAUUUUAAAUAAGUUGUGCAUCUAAUUGGUUUUAAGGUUAAUUUUCUUUAAAAAAAAGUACAGUUCCUAGCAUUGGUCCUCAUUUGGGCAUUAUUUUUGUUUGUAGGAGGAAAGGAGAUAUAAAAGUUUAAAUGUAAGGAGUAUCAAACCAAGUUUAAGGUAGGGAAGUUUUAGUAAAUAUAGGCUAAAUGUAGGGGAGUUUUAUUGUCAUUUGCUGCAACCAACAAUGUAGCAUUGUCUAAGAGUAUUAAAUGGUUUGGUUUGGAAUUGGUGCAAGAUUUUUUAGGUAAAAUCAAAAUUGAACUAUUUAAUAAAUGAUUUCAGAUGAUGAAAUUGAAACCAUUUAUAAACCAUGAUUUUCUAAUUUUCUUAUCCAAAGGGUUUCUUUACUUAUAAAUAUGUUAUUGAAUUGGAUAUUAGCUAAAUAUUGAAUGUUAUAUGUUUUCUUUUCAUUGUUGUUUAAUGUAAACUUAAUUUUUUUAAUAAAAUAUAUAUAAACUUAAAAUUGAAUUACUUAAACUUUUACUAUGUAUAUAUUAAUUGGUGUAAUAGUUUAUUUAAACAGUUUAUUAUCAGUUUAAAUGAUUUCGUUCAAUCUAAACUGUUUAGCUAGAGGGUCCCAUUUUUUAAAUCAAAAUCGAACUGUUUAUUUAACAGUUUUGACAUAAAUGAUUCUAGUUUGGUUUUGACACCCUUAGUCUUGUCCAUGGUUGCAUACAAAACCCUCUUCUCCAUAUAAAAUGCACUUCUCAGAUGCAUUCGAAAAAAAUAUACGAGAAUAUCAACAUUUAAAUUAUAUAUUAGAAGGUCAACUCUUUUUUUCUUUUUGUUCUUUCCUUCUUCAAUUUUUUCUUUUUUUUUUUUUCUUCAAGGGGAGUGCAGCCCCUUAAAAUUUGACGUACUAAAACCCUCUUCUAUUGUAGUGCAACCAACUACCGUCGUUUUUAAUAUUAAAAUAAGAGUUCCUUUGUUUUUUGUGUACUAAUGAAGAAGGAAAGAUAUUAUAUAUUAAAUAAAUGGGAUAAUAUAAAUUUACAGAGGAUUGCAGACGCAAGAACACAUGACCUGAGGCAUCUCUAUCUAGAAGUACUUGGAGUUCACCUAGGGAUGUUUUCUAGAGGAAUGAAAGCUUCAAUUAUUUCUGAUUGGCUCCUAAACAAAUAGUCUACGGCUUUGUUUAUUAGUUUGUUUGCACACAAAUUUGAAAGACACCUCAACUAACUUGUUAGCCAGUAAGUGAAUCUGUUACAAAUGCCAAAGAGCAUCUCCACUCCCAAGUUCUUAAUACUAUAAAACCAAUAUUGAAUAAGUCUUCAGUAAUAAUAGGACCCUCUUAUUUUAAUAUUAAUUCGUCUCAUAAACAGAACAGAGGUCCAAGAAGAAAAGAAAAACGGAACAGGAAGCCAUGUUUUCCGUUUUCAAGCUUACGGUCUUGUUCCUCCUGGUGAGAAAUAUUAAUGGAGUAGCUUCACAGGGAGAAGAAGUUGAUUUCACCUACCAUGGCUUCACAGGAGCUAACGUGAACCUUGACGGCACAGCCGAAAUCACAUCCAAUGGCCUCCUUAUGCUGAGCAACGACACCUGCAGGCAAUUGAAGGCCCAUGCCUUGCACGAUAAUCCAAUUCGCUUCCUCUACCCAUCAUCCUCCUCUGAUCUAUUCUCUACCACUUUUGUCAUUGCUAUCCUCCCCCAGUAUCCUGAUUUGGGAGGUCAUGGAAUCACUUUUGUCAUUGCACCCAAAAGAGGCCUUCCUGGUGCUGGUCCAAGCCAAUAUCUUGGCCUUUUCAACGAGACCAACAAUGGAAAUUCAACAAAUCAUGUAUUCGCAGUCGAGCUUGAUACGAUACAGAACACUGAGUUCAAAGAUAUCGACGACAACCAUGUCGGUAUCGAUAUCAAUGGAUUGAUAUCUAAAGCUUCUGCUCGGGCCGCCUAUUUCAAUAACAAAACCGGUCGGUUCCAGAACCUCACCCUCAUCAGUGGUGAAUCCAUCCAAGUCUGGGUGGAUUACGAUGGUGUACACAAGCAGGUAAGCGUCACAUUAGCUCCGAUUAAUGUUCCUAAACCAGAUGUUCCCCUCUUGACAGAGUCUGAUCUCGAUCUUACUCCGGUCAUGGAAGAGUCCAUGUUCGUGGGUUUCUCAUCCUCUACUGGUUCUAUUCUCACAUCCCACUAUGUGUUGGGAUGGAGCUUCAAGCUGAAUGGGCAAGCAAAAGAACUUGAUAUCUCCCAGCUUCCCAAACUUCCCCACAAAAGAAGGAAACCAGCUAUUAUGACAAUCGGGCUUCCUGUAAUUGCCUCUGCUUUAUUGUUAGCGAUGGUCGUUGGCUUGCUGAUUAUGGUGAGAAGGAAGAUUAAAUAUGCAGAAGUUCUUGAAGAAUGGGAACUCAAUUAUGGGCCUCAUAGAUUCAAGUAUAAAGAUCUCUACUUGGCAACUGAUGGGUUUAAGCAGAAGGAGUUCCUGGGUAGUGGCGGCUUUGGUAGUGUGUAUAGAGGUGUAUUACCCAUAUCCAAAAUCGAAGUUGCAGUGAAGAAGAUCUCCCAUGAUUCUAAACAAGGGAUGAAGGAAUUUGUUGCUGAAAUUGUUAGUCUCGGUCAAUUACGACAUCGGAACUUAGUAACACUGUUGGGGUAUUGCCGGCGUAAAGGGGAACUUAUUUUGGUAUAUGAGUUCAUGCCCAAUGGAAGUCUAGACAAGUUCCUCUUCGAUCCAUCAAUGCCGGUGUUGAAUUGGGUUCAGAGGUUUCGAAUUAUUAGAGGUGUAGCAUCUGCACUAUUUUAUCUACAUGAAGAAUGGGAACAGGUUGUGCUUCACAGAGAUGUUAAGUCCAGCAAUGUUCUUUUGGAUGGAGAAAUGAAUGGAAGAUUAGGAGAUUUUGGACUUGCGAAAUUGUAUGACCGUGGUACUGGCCCUCAAACAACACAAGUGGUUGGGACGAUGGGUUAUCUUGCUCCAGAGAUUGCAAGAACUGGGUUGCCCAACCCAAGCACAGAUGUGUUUGGAUUUGGGGCUUUUAUGUUGGAAGUUGUUUGUGGGAGGAGGCCAAUAGAGCCAAGCGCAUCGGUGGAGGAAAAGAUAUUGGUGGAUUGGGUAUUCUCUUGCAAGAGAAAAGGGACAAUUCUUGAGACAAUGGAUCCAGACAUGGAGAUCAAUUACGAAGAGAUAAAGGACAUGGAGCUGGUGUUGAAUCUAGGAUUGUUUUGUUCUCAUUGUGAUCCAACAGCAAGGCCAACUAUGAGACAGAUUGUGCAGUAUUUGGAGGGAGAGCUUCCUCUACCGGAUCUGUCAUCUCUUUGCCUGACUGCUGGUGGUGUAACAUCCUUGGAUGAUCCAGGCUUUGGUGAGGAGGAUUUGAACAUGUAUCCUUCUUAUUCUUCUCAGAAUAAGAUUUCAUCAUCACUAGAAGUUUCAGUAUCGGUACUCUCUGGAGGACGUUGAUUCUCAGAGUUUGGAUCACAUUCACAUACAAGAAUCAUUUUUGCAUGCCUAUGAUCGAAACAUAGACUUCACUCAAUUUCUCUCUCAAUAGCAUAGGCUGUUGGACUUAAUGAAGUCCAUGUAUCAUCACAUGGUAUACAAGAAUGGUUCUCGUAUGUGAACGUGAUUUGAUCCCUUGAUUUCCCACCCUUGUGGGUGUUUUUGUAGUCAAUCAUUUUUGUUCCAGUUGUGAUUCUCUUCAGUAAUGUUAUAUCUUAUAAAGCCAUUUACUUGGGACUGUACUUAUUAAUCUUGUAUAAAUUCCCUGUGAGACCUUGUAUGUAUAAAAAUUUCUCUAAGGAAUAAACUCAUUGUUACUAA